GUGCAUUUUUAAAGUAGAACGAAGUCUACAGUAUCACCAGUUUAUUAGUGUCAACCACAACAUAUUGCUGUUAAAAAAGGAACACCAUUUGAAUAAAAGUCGCUUCGAUGGACAAGUUCGUGCUAAAUGGACCCGAAGACACUUGGGGAAUCCCGCAUAAACCCAUCGGAAAAUUACUCCUGGACGCCUUUAGUACCUUCGACAAAAACGCCAUCGCUGUGGUGAAUGCCGCCACCGGGGUUUCCCUCACGUACACCCAGUUGUGCCAAAUGAGUAAAAAUCUAGCGACGAGUCUUCGAAUUUUGGGAGUUUCGAAGGGUGAUAUCGUCGGUCUGGUGGCUGAAAACUCGGCGGAGUUCUUGGUUGCAUAUCUGGCAAGUUUAUUUAUCGCAGCACCUGUACAUCUAAUCAAUUCUAAGUUCACACCGUACGAAUUAAGCCACGUUUUGGGUUUAUCCGAGCCGAGUGUGUUAAUUUGUACGAAAAAAACCCACCACAAAGCCAGAGAGGUCGUGAAAGAUUUAGACUACAUCAAAACGCUGAUUUGUUUGGACGUAGAAAAAAUCUCGUCUGCGUGCUCACACGAAAGCGACUUUCAGGUCGAAGACAACUUUGACACUGAAGAACACAUCGCGGUGAUUUGCAACUCGUCGGGGACCACCAGUUUGCCAAAAGGGGUCAUGGUUAACCACGAGAUGUUGCGAUUGCACUUUAUCAAUGGAAGGAACCCGGAUUUUUUUGAUAUGAAAACUGGAGACAAAUUUCCCCUAAUUCUGCCAUUUAGCCACAGCUACGGGUUGAGUAUUGUCAACGGGAGUUUGUUUAUCGGGACGAUUAUAAUCCCAUUUGACACUUUUGAGCCGGAUCUUUUUUUGAAAACGGUCCAGAACUAUAAAGUGGAAGCGUUGUUGCUAGUCCCCACUUUGGUUAACUUUUUUGUUAGGAGUCCAUUAAUUACAAGAUAUGAUUUGUCGAGUCUUAGACGCGUUUACUGUGGAGGGUCGUGUUUACCCGAAGAGGACGCAACCGUUUUAAAAAAUAGGUUCAAUUUAGAGCGACUAGGGAACGGUUAUGGAAUGACCGAAAUAGGGAUUACUUUAUUUGCCUACGAUAACCCCACCAGUGUUGGCAAAGUUCUCUGCGGCUACCAAACCAAAAUCGUUGAUUUGGAAAAAGGUCACGCUCUUCCUCCUCUUCAAAACGGAGAGCUUUGCUUCAAAGGUCGUAUUAUGAAAGGAUAUCUCAAAAAUCCUGAAAAAACCAAGGAAAUUAUUGACUCGGAAGGCUUCCUUCAUAGCGGGGACGUGGGUUAUUAUGACGACGAUGGCUAUGUUUACAUUAGUGGAAGGAUUAAAGAACUUAUUAAAUACAAAUCUUGGCAGGUAGCUCCAGUCGAACUGGAGCAAAUUUUAAGCAAAUUGAAAGGGAUUAAAGAUGUCGCUGUAGUUGGUAAGCCUGAUUCGCGAUUCGGGGAAUUACCAACUGCCGCGGUUGUAAAGGAAGACGGUGUUGAAGUUACAGAGAAAGAAAUCUGUGACUACUUGGCAAAGUUUGUCAGUGAAGAGAAGCGUUUACAUGGAGGCGUCCGAUUUGUUGAAGACAUUCCCAAAAAUAAUUUGGGAAAAAUAAAGCGCCAGGAAUUGAUAAAACAACUGUUUAUUGAUUAAAUUAGAAGAUUGUGUUGUUUGGAUUUAUAUUAUUUGUUGUAUACUGUUGUGG